AUGGAAGGCCGCGAGAAGGGGGGAAAUGUUCUCCGUGCAUGGCGAGCUGUGUGCAUCGCCAAGGGCGCUACGGGGAUACUGCAACUUGCUUUUGGCCGAAACUAUGCUGGCUUGCCCCUGUCGAUUGACCGGAGCCCUUCUAGCGGAACCUUUGAGCCUCAAGAGUACGAUGAGAUCAGAGACAAGCCUGCUGCUGACAUGGAGAAACCGGCCCUCGCGCAAGACCCUUUCUCCAACAGCGCUGCAGCGUCGUUCCGGACUGCUUCAUACCACUCGCAGCCGUCGGACAGACAGCCGGCCAGGCGCCAGCAGUUCAAGUCGUAUAGGCUGAAUGGCGAGUAUGAAAGACCGUGGCUGGCAGACAGCCGGCUCAAAAGAUCGCGGGUCGGCACCUAUAUAAUAUGGGGAUUCAUCGUCCUGGGAUUGGCGAUAAGUGCAUACAUCAACUUUACCGUCACCCAGAAGGUGUCGAAACAUCAGUACUGUCUUGUUCUCGAUGACCACUUUACCUCCCUCAACGAGGACACAUGGAACCGGGAGGUUCAGAUUGGCGGAUUUGGCACUGGUGCCUUUGACUGGACCACGACGGAUGAGAAGAACACGUUUGUCGAUGGCGAUGGCCUUCAUAUAGUUCCGACCCUUACCACGGAAACCACCUCGAUCAACGAGGAACAGCUUCUGAAUGGUUACACCUUGAACCUGACCAAAGCUGGCGGAGAUGGAACAUGCACUGCUGAUACCAACGCCGCAUGUUCAAUCCGGUCCAACAAAACAACCGGAGCAAUCAUCCCACCUGUCCGUUCAGCAAGACUGAAUACAAAGGGGAAGAAAAGCAUACGAUACGGGCGAGUCGAGGUUGUUGCUAAGAUGCCAAAGGGAGACUGGCUCUGGCCGGCCAUCUGGAUGUUGCCUGUGAACGAGACCUACGGCGCCUGGCCAACAAGCGGCGAGAUCGACAUCGUCGAGACCCGUGGCAACGAUGUUGAUUAUGUUGUUGGAGGCAGAGACAUCAUGUCAAGCUCCUUACAUUGGGGGCCGACACCCGAGACCGACUCCUUCUGGAGGUCGACGAGGGGGAAAUCUCUGCGCCGAACCGACUACUCCAAGGGAUUCCACACCUUCGGGAUAGAGUGGUCCAAGGACUACCUGUUCACCUACAUCGAUAGCCCGCUGCAGCAGGUGUUGUACUGGAGUUUCGACAAGGACCAAACGAUGUGGCAGAAGGGCCACUACGAGGGAGUUACUGUAAACUCAUCCCUGGUAAAGGAUCCGUGGUCUCAGACCGGAAAUCCCAACACACCCUUUGACCAGCCAUUCUUCCUCGUCAUGAACGUUGCCGUCGGGAGUACAAAUGGCUGGUUUCCAGAUGGCAAGGGCGGCAAACCGUGGACUGACGUGGGCCAAGCGGCCUCGGACUUUUACUCAAGUCUCAGCAAGUUUUAUCCCACCUGGCCGAAAGAUAGCAGCCGCGGCAUGACCGUGAAAUCAGUCCGGAUGUGGCAGGAAGGUGCUUGUGGCUGA